GUUGGGUAUUUUUUUUGGUGUUUUGCUUUUUUUUUUUUACAAGUUUGAAUCAACAUGCAGGAGAACAGUGGUGUGCCACAGAGGAAACUUUCUCUUUGCUUUCUGAUGCUGCUGCUGCUGCUGCUGCUCCUGUUGCAGCAGGUGUGCUCGGGUCCGUUGGCCUCGCCGGUGCAGACUCCAUACUCGGCGCACAAGAGAUUAGCCCGCAUGAGCCCGCUGUGGAGGAUCAUGAACAGCAAACCUUUUGGUGCUUUUUGUCAGAACAACUAUGAAUGCUCCACUGGACUCUGCAGGAUGGGACGCUGCUCUAACCACCAGCCGCCACCCUCUGAGCCCCUCAACGACUAGAAGCAACCGAGGGCGAGUAAAAAGAACGAUCAUGAGACCAAAGCAUGACACAAAGCUUGACAUAAACCUUGACACAUUUGUGUUGUUUGCAAUUCAUACCUAAUCCACUUUUGAUUCCUCCAUAUUUUAUUUAUUCCACCGCAUUCACUCAUCGCACAUCAAGCGACACGAUUUUGCAAGACCUUAUUAGCAUUAUUAUUAUUCUAAGACUUGCAGGUGGAUGUGGUGCACUUUGAUGAAGAAACUUAGCACUUUCAAAAAGCCCCAAUAUCUUUGUACUGUUGGUUGUCUACUCUGUGUUGCAGCUGCAAUAAAACACAAACUCACUGAGUUGAUGUGUGCAAGUGA